UUCCAUGCAAAAACACAAACCAUAUCUUCUAAAACAUUCUCUAUUGAAGAAGUAAUUAGUCACCUGUGAGACUUUUCGGUAAAAGCAAUGGCAACUCCGGCAUGGAGUCAUGCCGGCCCGACUCAUUUUGUAGUUGCUGUUAUGGCAUUAUUUGUGGGUUUGACAUUGGCAACAGAACCUUAUUACUACAGUUCUCCUCCACCACCUUAUGUAUACAAAUCUCCACCCCCUCCGGUGAAGUCUCCACCUCCACCGUACUAUUACAACUCUCCUCCUCCUCCAGUGAAAUCCCCUCAACCUCCUUACUACUACAACUCCCCACCACCCCCGGUAAAAUCUCCACCACCACCAUACUAUUACAAAUCACCUCCACCACCACCAAAAAUCUACUCUCCACCUUACUACUACACAUCUCCUCCGCCUCCGGUAUCAUACCCUCAUCCCCAAUCUCACCCACAUCCCAAACCACUCGUUUUCAAAGUCGUUGGUAAAGUUUACUGCUAUAGAUGCUACGACUGGACUCACCCUAAAAAGUCACAUGACAAGAAGCAUCUCAAAGGCGCUGUUGUGGAGGUGACAUGUAAAGCAGGAGACAAAACGGUCAAAGCGUUCGGAAAGACAAAGAUCAACGGUAAAUACGCAAUCACCGUAGAAGGAUACAACUACCGCAAAUACGGCGGUAAGGUAUGCACGGCCAAACUUCACGCGCCACCGAAGGGCUCACCGUGUAAUAUUCCGACAAGUUACCGUUUGGGUAACAAAGGAGCUAAGCUUCAUGUGAAAUCAAAGACUAAGUACGAAGUUGUGCUUUACGCUAAGUCCUUUGCUUAUGCACCUAAGAAGCCUUAUGAGGAAUGUCAUAAACUAGCUCCUUACCACCCACCUUACUACUACAAGUCACCACCGCCUCCAGCUCCGACUUACAUCUACAAAUCACCACCACCGCCUACUCCCACUUAUGUUUACAAGUCACCACCUCCUCCAACUCCGCUUUACGUCUACAAGUCUCCGCCACCACCAACCCCAACAUAUGUUUACAAGUCACCGCCACCACCAACGCCUAUAUAUGUAUAUAAGUCUCCGCCACAACCAACGCCUAUAUAUGUAUAUAAGUCUCCGCCACCACCAACGCCUAUAUAUGUAUAUAAGUCCCCACCGCCACAUACUCCCAAAUAUGUCUACAAGUCUCCACCACCACCAACUCAUUCUCGUCCACCGUAUUACUACCACUCACCUCCACCACCACCCUAUUAUUAUCACUCGCCACCUCCUCCGCUGAAGUCUCCUCCUCCACCUUAUUAUUACCAUUCUCCACCUCCUCCUGUGAAAUCUCCACCACCACCAUACUACUACCAUUCACCGCCCCCACCAGUCAAAUCUCCACCACCACCAUAUUACUACAACUCUCCACCACCUCCUGUAAAAUCUCCUCCUACUCCAGUCUACAUCUACGCCUCGCCCCCACCUCCCAUACAAUACUACACUCACCAA